AUGGAAGAGGAAACAGUUAACGAGGAAACUCAACCACUGCCAUCACAACCUCAACAGACAUCAUGGUUUAGUUGGUGGGGGAAUAAUGAUAAAAUUAAUGAUUCAAAUAAUAACAACGGCAUUGAAAACCAGUCUAAUAAUAUACAGAAUACAGAAAUAACGAACGAGAAUAAUGGAUGGUAUACAGGGUUAAUGUCUACUGUAAAUGCACUUCCUAUUCCAACAUUUAGAAGCCAUGUACAAUCCGUGAAUGUUGAUGACUCCACACGAUACUCUCAGUUAGAUGUUGAACAAAUAGAGUUUUUAGAGAGUGAAGCCAAAAAUGUCAUUUUACAACAUUCACAUUCUUGGUGUUGGUUUGAAGAUCUUACCAAACUGGAUAAAGAUUUACAAAGUUGGACAGAAAGACCAGGUGUGGCAAGUGUAUACGAUACAGGGUCAGGCCGAUGUCCAUUACCACUUCCUAAAUAUCCUAUGGAUACGCAUCCUGGAUACCAUGUAUAUAUAAAAAAUUCGCUACUACUACCUCAAGAAUCGCCAUCAGAAAUAUACCAUACCGAACCUCUUCGAACUAAGAUAGCAACUGGGUUUAAGGACUAUUAUAAUUUUCCUAAUGGAAAGCAUUUAUAUUUAAAAGACUCUAGAGAUGAUUUAAUAAAAAAGAAAAAGACAAUAAUAAUUAGUGUUGUUGGAUGGUUACCUGAAAAAUAUGAGAAAUUAACUUUAGGUGAACAAAGGACUGCUCAAUAUUUUUCUAAGAAAUUAGCGCAAUCUUUAAAACAUGAAUCCCCUUCUGAAAUUUUAUCCUUAUCCUUUGAAUGUCCAUUAGAUAGCAAGGAAUUAAAUGAAGUUUUCGAUGAAUGUACUUUAUUAUUAAGACAUUGGGAACAUAUAUUUAAGGAUGCAACAGCAAUUUAUUUUGUUGGUGUUUAUCAUAGUGUUCCAUUAUUAAUUUCUUUAGCCAAAUAUAUUUUGAGUCAAAACGAAAAACUUAAAUUCGACAAGAAAGCUUAUGUGGGAAUGCUGGCCAUCGAAUCAUGUUUUCAAGGUUAUAGAUUCUGGGAUCAUAGUAUAGAUAGUAGUUUGACUACUGACACCGAUAAUGUUACUGCAGAGAAUGAUUAUAGUAGAAUGCAAAAAUAUAAAGAGCGUAGUUUAUUCCAAGGACUUCAUAAAAAUGAACAGGACGUUCUUUCCAAGAUCAAAAAUUAUAGAGAUAUAGAUUCAGAAGAGUCAAAGUUAUUACAAGGAAAUUUAGAUUGGUUACUUUAUAAUUGGGAUUCCUUUCGAUUAUCUAUGGUAGGGAAACUCUAUGACAACUUUAUGACAGUUACACAGAAAUUAGCCAUUGAUUAUUUCCAUCCAAAGAUCAUUAGAAAUGUAUGGGUCGAUGGUCAAUACUUUGAUUUAGACUCGAGACAACCAGAAGAAUUGCAUUUACCAGACUAUAUUAUGAAAACUCCAAGGUUCGAAUACGAUUUAACGAUCCCAGAUCGAAGGAAGUUUGAAAUUUCUUUAAUUGACAAUUUCCUAUUAACACAAAAUAUCGGUAGACAAGAGUUUGUUUCAAUUCUAAAAUUAAUCAGCCCCUUUUUCAUUUCAAGAUCAUAUAACCCAAAUACUAUUACACCAUCGCUUAAAAAACAACGAGCUGCAACGACUAAACAAUGGUUCCAACAAAUGGAGACUAAAUGGAAUACCAUUGAACCCACAUUUGGAGGUAACUUUUCCUUCGAUGAAUUACCUGAAAGCAUAUCUACAAUCCACAAUUUCUUAGAAUAUACACAAUAUUUAACUAUGAAAUCCCCAGAGUUAUUUCAAACAUACAGUGAAAUAUAUGAUGAUGAUCUCAUAUUUAAAAAUUUUAUUGAAAACACGUUAUUGACAAGAAAACCAUUAACAAACAAACAUCUAGUGAUUUUGAGAGACAAUCUGAAUCCUACAAGCAUCUUAAACACAGUUAAUCAAUAUGAUUUAGUUUGGAAGUUUCAUGAAUCUCUUUGUAAUUUCAUUAAGAUAAAAAAUGUCCCAAUUCAAGAUUACCCUAAAUGUCUUCAUUUUACCAUUUCAUUAGAUAGUAUUCUAUGGAGAACAAUAUACAACGAUCCUAAGAGAUUUGAAAGAAAUAACAAAGAGGCUAUUCAUAGGUUAAAACAAUUACUCGAUUCAUAUCAGACGUGGGAUCCACCAACGAAGGGACUAGUUCAUCUGAAGAAUGUUCUUAGUGUGCUAUCUUCUUACGAUAGCGUCCACCUGCUCAUAGAAGAUAUACAGACGUGA